GCGGCAAGGCUCUUGUGAGGCGAGCGCUCUUUCUUUUUCCCGCCGGAAGGAGAGGAGGACGGGCGGACGGGGCUGCGGGAUGGCGGCGGCGGUGGCGGCGGGCGCGCGGGUGCUGGUGGUGGGCGCCGGGGGCAUCGGCUGCGAGCUGCUCAAGGACCUCGUCCUGUCGGGCUUCGACCACAUCGACGUGAUUGACCUGGACACCAUUGAUGUCAGCAACCUCAACAGGCAAUUCUUGUUUCAAAAGAAGCACGUCGGGAGGUCAAAAGCUCAGGUUGCCAAGGAAAGUGUGCUGCAGUUUCAUCCGAAAGCAAAGAUCACAGCUUAUCACGACAGCGUCAUGAACCCAGACUAUAACGUGGAAUUUUUUCGUCAGUUUACCCUCGUCAUGAAUGCCUUGGACAACCGAGCUGCCCGAAACCAUGUGAACAGGAUGUGCCUGGCGGCGGACAUUCCCCUGAUAGAAAGCGGCACGGCGGGCUACUUGGGGCAAGUCACUGUGAUCAAGAAGGGAGUGACAGAGUGCUACGAAUGCCAGCCCAAGCCAACCCAAAAGACCUUCCCAGGCUGCACCAUUCGCAACACUCCCUCUGAGCCUAUUCACUGCAUCGUGUGGGCAAAAUAUUUGUUCAACCAACUGUUUGGAGAAGAAGACGCGGACCAGGAAGUCUCCCCCGACAGAGCGGACCCCGAAGCGGCCUGGGAGCCUGCGGAAGCGGAGGCCAGAGCCAGAGCAACCAGCGAAGAUGGCGAUAUUAAACGCGUUUCCACCAAGGAGUGGGCUAAAUCGACAGGAUACGACGCCAUCAAGCUCUUCACUAAGCUUUUCAAAGACGACAUCCGAUACCUGCUCACGAUGGAUAAGCUCUGGAGGAAAAGGAAAGCCCCGGUGCCUUUGGACUGGAACGAGAUUCAAAACCAAGAGAACAGUGUGUCGGAGGCGCAGAACGACUCUCCCUUGGGCCUGAAAGACCAGCAAGUGCUGGACGUCAAGAGCUACGCGCGACUCUUCUCCAAAAGCAUCGAGACCCUGAGGGCUCAGCUGGCGGGGAAAGGCGACGGGGCCGAACUCGUUUGGGACAAGGAUGACUCCUCUGCCAUGGACUUUGUGACGUCGGCUGCCAACCUCAGGAUGCACAUCUUUAGUAUGAACAUGAAGAGCCGUUUCGACAUCAAAUCCAUGGCUGGCAACAUCAUCCCGGCCAUCGCCACCACCAACGCCAUCAUUGCCGGCCUGAUUGUCCUGGAAGGCUUGAAGAUCCUCUCGGGGAAGAUAGACCAGUGCAGAGCGAUCUUCCUCAACAAGCAGCCCAACCCCAGGAAGAAGCUGCUGGUCCCAUGCGCCCUGGACCCCCCGAACCCCAACUGCUACGUCUGCGCAAGCAAACCAGAGGUGACCGUCAAGCUGGACGUCCACAAGGUCACUGUUUUGACGCUGCAGGACAAGAUUGUGAAGGAGAAAUUCAACAUGGUGGCACCCGACGUCCAAAUCGAGGACGGGAAAGGAACUAUUCUCAUCUCAUCCGAAGAAGGAGAAACGGAAGCAAACAACCACAAGACGCUGUCCGAGUUUGGGAUCCGCAACGGCACUCGGCUUCAGGCGGACGACUUCCUGCAGGACUACACGCUCCUGAUCAACGUCCUUCACUGUGAAGAGCUUGGGAAGGACGUGGAGUUCGAAGUGGUGGGCGACGAAGUGCUGGGCCCCAAACCCUCGGAGAAACCCGCCAAGGGCAUCACCAACGGGAGCGAAGAUGGCGCCAAGCCCUCCACAUCCACAGCUCGGGACGCAGACAACGACGAGGACGAGGAGGACGACGUGCUGAUUGUGGAGAUGGAGGAAGGCCUUUCGGACAACGAGUCGGAAGGCAAAGGCCGCAAGAGGAAGCUGGAGGAAGCGGAGCGCCCGGGCGGCAAGAGAGCGCGACCCUCCAACGACAACAACGACGAGGAAGUCAUUGCCCUCGAUUGAAAGCCGUUGGGGAGUUCAAAAGACCUUUUUUGGGGGGGGGGGGUCUUGCAGACCUCUGCCGUUGUCCGUAGAAUGUAGAACUCGGCCGAUCACGCUGUACUCCAUAUCGUAGGCCCUCUAGUUUAUAAACAUUUAAAGCGGGAAGAAAUCCAAAACGAGCAUGUCUUUUGUAUAUAUAACAUUUCCAAGAAGGAUUGGCAACGGGGAAAAGAGGGUUUUUCUCACUCUGGUUUCGAGCGAGCGAGAAAUUCCCAUGAUUCUAAUCCGGCGCCGUGUCCGCAAACCGUUAAGAACCGUUGUCCGUGUCUCUUGCCGGAAGCGGGGUUUAUUUUUUGAUGUGCUGUUACAGUUCCAGGUUAUUUAUACGGGGUGUUUUUUGUAAAACCGGACGUGCUUUCUUUCCGUCUCUGCCAUUCGCCCGAUGGACCAAAACAAUAAAAAAGCCCCCUUUGCCGCCUCUGAUGGGAAGAGCGGCAGAGAGAAAAGUGCGUUUCUUCCUCUUUCAUACUGUACUUUAUAUUUUUGUUCUGUUUUGGUUUUGAAACGUCCUUUACGCAUAAUUAUGUUGGGUUUUGGAAACGUCGAAAGGGAGGAGGAGCCUUUUUUAAAAUAAAAACAAAACAUUUUGUCACUGUU